CGUUAGCUAACGUUACACACCAAAGAAAAAGCGGGCAGACAACAACACAGACGGUGGAUAGGUUUCUUAAUGUUACACCUCUCAUGUGAGAGAAUUGGUUUCCAUAUCAGAUGCUAUCUCCAGUUACGUCUCCAGAGACUCACCACACACUGCCAGUGACACAUUUACUUUUGACACCAAAGAAGCUCCAUUAUUGUUUGACUCUUAAGCUAUAGGUAAGCCAGGUAUGCCGGCCACUACAGGGAGAGGUGAUCUGCCGCCGACCAAAACUGUAAUUGUCUACAGGAAUGGCGACGCUUUCUUUCCCGGAAGGAAAAUAGUUGUGAAUCCGCGACAUGUGACGACCUUUGACAUCUUCUUGGCCUCUUUGACCAGAGGGAUAGAGGCUUCGUUUGGCGCCGUGAGGAAGCUGUACACGGCCAUAGAGGGCCACAAAGUUCAGUGUCUGGACGACCUGAAACACGGGAGUGUGUAUGUUGCAGCCGGAAAUGAGCAGUUCAAAAAGCUGGACUAUUGUGAGAUAACAACCAAGAAGCCACAAAAUAAGAAAAAAGAACAGAUCCAACCUGUUGUUCACAGCAAAAUAAUAGUUUCUGCUCGCUGGAGGAGAACCACAGAUGAGUCUUGCACAAUAAAUGUCUUUACCAACGGAGAGAUCUUGAUUCCUCCGACUCGAAUACGUAUCCCGAAGUAUACUCUUAGAAGCUGGGAAAAUGUUUUAGCCAUGGUGACAGAGAAAGUCCAUCUUCGCACUGGUGCUGUGCACAGGCUUUGCACAUUAGAUGGACGUCCUGUUUGCCACCACAUUUAUCUAAAAAACAACCAGCACUAUGUCGCAGUUGGUGCUGAAAAGUUUAAAGCUCUUCCAUAUGAGCAGUCCAUCCCCAGCAGAGAUAUAAUCAGCCAAAGCGUCCUGCCUGCUGUUAGAAAGACAAGACAUGCGAACGAUGCGUUUGCUCGUACAGGCUUUAGAGAGGACCUUGAGCACACAGCCGGGGGCCAGAUGAAGAAACACGCAGCCAAGCUGGAGAGAGCUAAACAACAGAGGCAGGUGUCCGGAAACCCGGUUCUGCUCUCGACAGGGGAGGGCAGCGUGUUCAAUGCACAAAACAAAAGAAGUGAGAUGGCAGGAGCAGCGGAGGUGCAGGAAGACCGCCAGCUCAAGGCGGACCUGCCAAUUGAUCAGGUUGAGGCCAAGAUAGUUGACGAGGAGUACGAGAAUGGGAGUUGCUGUGCGAGUCCCUGCAAGGCCUCCCUCCAUGAUUCAGACGGCUCGUGUCUGCAGAGGUCUUUGUCUGCAGGUUCCAGGAAGGAUGAGGCUAAAGAGAGGGAGGUGUCUUCCAGGCAUCACCGAAUACGGUCACGGAUGUCCCGGUUUUUCAAGGGAGCAUAAACAGGUGUGAGAGCGGGCGUUCAGUCUGGGACAGGCGGAGUCCUCGCUAACCCUUCUCCUCUAAUUGCUGCGGAUGCCAGUAUGCUCGCUUUCUGCGCUGCCUUUCAUAACAGUUGGUGUUUGCCAAGCGGCUUUUAUGUUUGUUUUAGCUGAUGAUUUGCUACUUAUUGUGUCUCUGUCAAAGGGAAUACUUUUGCAUCCUUAGCUGAACAGAAAUAUGUGCGUGUCUCUUGUGGAUGUGGAUGCCAACUGCUCCAAAACACACUGCAAUGGAACAGCCACUUUUGAAACUUCCAACCAACAAUCUGAUGUUGAUUUAGUUUUUUUUUUUUUUCUAACUAUUUACAAGAAACUUCUGCACACAGAGAAAGAAACGAAGGCACUGCAGCACAGCUGUGAGGAUUAAACAAUGUAUGAGCAGCCCUACCGAUUUCACCAACUCCUUAGGCCUUAGGCAUAUAGGGCUAGUUAUUUCCAUGUUGACAACAAGGACGUUAAAGUCUUAAAUCAUUCAUAUAAUUUCCUGUUAUAUAUACUUGAGCUUUGUUCUAGAGUCUAAUAUCAGUAUAACAAUGAGUUGCUUUUCUGGUACACCUUGUUGAUAUUUUUCACUCUGAACAUCGGAUAACCUCGCCUCAAAACUUAGAAGUUACUCAUCUGUCUGCACAUUUUCUCUGCGAGGCUCAUAUUCCAGAUCAUGUAGAGCCGUAUUUAUUGUCGCAGCUUAUUUAAAUAAUCACCGGCAUGU